AUGUUCACAUUUACUCCCUUGCUGGGAGCACAGUCUUCCUCAUCGAAGGCGUCGCAAUCAAUCUUGGAACUGGAUGGUGGCAUCAAGAUCCUUGUCGAUGUUGGCUGGGAUGAUACCUUUGAUACGCUUGAUCUACUGGAAUUGGAGAAACAUAUACCUACUUUGUCACUCAUCCUUUUGACGCACGCGACACCAUCGCAUAUCGGCGCCUUCGUACAUUGCUGCAAAACGUUCCCACUCUUCACCCAAAUUCCCGUGUACGCUACGAGUCCUGUCAUCUCACUUGGUCGCACGCUUCUUCAAGAUCUAUAUGCGUCAUCGCCACUAGCCGCUACAUUUCUACCCAAAGCAUCAAUCUCGGAGCCAGGCGCGUCGACAUCAGCUGCAUCCGCUGCGGCGUCUGUUACCGAUGGUCAAGGAAGCAGCGACGCCAGUAACGCUGGGCGAAUUCUUCUUCAACCUCCGACCACUGAAGAAAUCGCCAGAUACUUCUCCUUAAUUCACCCGUUAAAAUACUCCCAGCCACAUCAGCCUCUGUCCUCGCCUUUCUCGUCACCGCUAAAUGGCUUGACACUCACUGCAUACAAUGCUGGACAUACAGUGGGAGGAACGAUAUGGCAUAUUCAGCACGGAAUGGAGUCAAUUGUCUAUGCGGUGGACUGGAAUCAGGCACGAGAAAGUGUCGUUGCUGGCGCUGCAUGGUUUGGUGGCUCGGGUGCCAGUGGGACAGAGGUCAUAGAACAACUACGCAAGCCCACGGCAUUGGUCUGUAGCACCCGGGGAGGCGAUAAAUUUGCACUGCCUGGAGGGCGCAAAAAGCGUGAUGACUUACUCCUUGAUAUGAUCCGAAGCAGCCUCGCCAAAGGCGGCACCGUCCUCAUUCCCACUGAUACUAGCGCCCGGGUUCUGGAGCUAGCCUAUGCGCUGGAGCACGCCUGGCGAGACGCAGCAGCUGGCAACAGCGAAAGCGACAAUGUUCUUAAAGGAGCUGGGCUGUAUAUGGCGGGACGAAAAGGCCAUACUACUAUGAGACUCGCGAGGAGCAUGAUCGAAUGGAUGGAUGAGAACAUUGUGCGUGAGUUCGAGGCAGCGGAAGGUGUUGAUGCUGUGACGGGUCAGUCGCAAUCAAAUACCGAUGGUCAGCGAUCCGGUGGCCAGGGUCAGGGCAAGACGGGGCCGAAGGGGGUCGGGCCUUUCACCUUCAAACAUCUCAAGAUCGUCGAGCGCAAAAAGAGGCUGGAGAAGCUACUAGCGGACCAGACGCCCAAGGUCAUCAUUGCUUCUGACACAUCGCUGGAUUGGGGAUUCGCGAAGGAAUCUCUUCGUCUAGUGGCUGAGGGGCCGAACAACCUGCUCCUCCUCACGGAGUCACUCCGCAAGGAAAGGCUUCCGGAUAGCAAGGACGAGCAUCACAGAGAGACUCUGGGAGGCAUGAUUUGGCGAUGGUACGAAGAGAGAAAGGACGGUGUUGCCCUGGAGAAAGCUCCAGAUGGCGAACUACUCGAACAGGUCCAUAGUGGCGGAAGAGAGCUGUCAUGGACGAAUGUUCGACGCAAGCCUCUCGAACCCGGGGAGCAGUUGAUCUACCAGCAGUAUCUGGCCACUAAGAGACAACUCGAGGAUACGUCGCAGACGAGAGGGCAGGAAAAUAUUGAAAAUCCAACAGAUGUAUUAGACGACCGAUCAAGCUCUACGUCGGAAGAUUCAGAGACGGAGCAGCAGGGCCGAGUGUUGAAUUUUUCCACUUCUUUGGCUCAUUCUAACCGCAAUAAGCUAGGGCUCAGUGACGAGGACCUGGGCGUCAAUAUUCUUCUCCGGCGCAAGAACGUCUAUGAUUAUGAUGUUCGUGGUAAAAAGGGCCGCGAGCGAAUGUUUCCGUAUGUUGCACCAAGGAAGCGUGGAGAUGAAUACGGAGAAUUCAUCCGGCCCGAGGAAUAUCUCCGAGCCGAAGAGCGAGAGGAGGCAGAUAUGCAGCAACGUCGGUCAGAGGCUCAUACCAAGUUAGGCCAGAAGCGACGAUGGGAUGAAGCGGGCCCUCAUGGCCGUCGACCUUCAACUAGCGGGGCUAAACGGCAACAAUUGUCGGGCGACCAGAAGAGGGACACGAGCGCAGCGGAUGAUCUCAGCAUGCCCGAUGACGUGGACGAUGCUGACGCUGCAGUGUCAUCAGAGGACGAGGCCGACGAGCAAUCUUUCGAGGGGCCGGCUAAAGCCGUCUUUGAAAAGGCUUCAAUCACUAUCAACGCGCGUCUUGCCUUUGUUGACUUCGCUGGACUGCACGACAAGCGCAGUCUGGAGAUGUUGAUCCCUCUUAUCCAGCCGCGAAAACUAAUCCUUGUUGGAGGAAUGAAGGAGGAGACCACCGCUCUGGCCACAGAAUGCAAGAAACUACUCGCUGCUAAAGCCGGCGUGGACGUCUCGUUUCCGGACAUGGCCGUCAUCUACACCCCGGUGAAUGGCGAGACGGUCGAUGCCAGUGUCGACACCAACGCUUGGAUGGUCAAGCUUAGCACCAAUCUCGUCAGACGACUAAAAUGGCAGCACGUUCGCAGUCUCGGCGUCGUGACCUUGACUGCUCAACUUAGGGGUCCCGAACUCAGCGUCUCGGAGGAGGACAGCGAUGAAUCAGCCAGCAAGAAACAGAAAUUACUGAUGGAAGAAGCUAGCUCCGUUGCAACGAGCACACUCGGUGACACCAAACCAGCAGCAGAUCAGUCGGAUGUAUUCCCCAUGCUUGAUAUCCUGCCAGCCAAUAUGGCAGCUGGCACGCGGUCCAUGACUCGGCCUCUGCAUGUAGGUGACCUGCGACUGGCGGAUCUUCGCAAAAUAAUGCAGGCAGCCGGGCAUAAGGCCGAGUUCCGCGGAGAGGGAACGCUCCUGAUCGACAGUCUUGUGGCUGUCCGCAAGUCAGCCACUGGCAAGAUCGAGAUUGAAGCAUCGGCGCAGUCCGCGGCCGCGAACCACGGUAUGGGACGCGCGGCGGGAAGCUUCCUGGCAGUGAAGAGGAAGAUAUACGAAGGACUCGCUGUUGUUUCGGGGAAUUAA